GAUGCAAGGAUAGGUCCGGUUAUAUACAUAAUAAAUGUAUCUGUACAGCAAAUUUUGCUUGUUUUAUCUUUUAUUAUUUCAGUGGGUACAUUAGAUUUCCCAUAUAUUUCCAGACAACAUAAACAGAGGUGUAUUAGUAGAUCUAAAUACAAUAUCUUGUAUGCUUACUUCUCUAAAAGUCCUUGUCACGUAAGUCACGUGACUUCUCAUAAUCCUUAACCAGAGUCAAACUGGUUGCACCUCAUUCAGAUGAUUGGGUUGUUAUCAAGCUUUGGAAGACAGCGGACCCUAAGGACCAGGAUUGAACACCCCUGCUGUAGAGUCCCCUGCAGUCUUUAUCAAUUUCGUUUUUGGGUUACCCUUUGUAUGAGUAGUCCUUUGUGUUCCAGAUUUUUUUGGCGGAAUGCUUUGAGUUUAUUUUGAUCCUGCCUGCUUUUCCCUGCAUUUCGGUCUACUUGCUCUAAAGGAGUCAGAGACCAAUGCGGGUUUCUAUUGGAGUAAAAUAAUCUGAUUUAUGCAACAAACAUGGGUAACAGACGAAGCCGUCCAGCUGAUACUGACCAAAUGGAACUUCUUCAUAAUGAUGAACUAGGAAGGAAUAGAUGUCUAGAGAAUAUUCUAUUUCACAACAUUGGCAUUGUGCUGAUUGGAGGAGAAGGAAAGAAUACAGCUGGAAAUAUCAUCCUUGGAGAAAAGAAGUUCAAAUUUAGCCCAACCUUUUUUCAAAAACAUCACAAAAAAAUAAUAAAGGAAAUCUGUAAUCGACAAAUCACUUUGGUUCGCACUGCAGGCUCUUUCAAACAUCUUUUGCAUAGUGAAAAUCAGAUAAAAACUGAUACUGUGCGUUGUAUAGAGCCUCCACAUACCCAUGGGCCACACAUAAUACUGCUAGUUAUUCGUGUUGGCACACGUUAUUCAAACCAUCUCAGUGCAACAACAGACUUUCUGACCAAGCGUUUUGGUCCCAGGUUUUGGGAUCAUGCAAUGAUUCUGUUCACCAGCGGAAAGAGGCUGCAACAAUGUACCAUUGACACUUACAUUGAAUCAAACAACCUUGAAGACCUGGUAAACAAAUGUCAAAACAGAUAUUUUAAAUUACAUGCCAAAAGUAAGUCCUCCAAUGAUCAGGUCGAGAGCCUAAUCGAGAAGUUAGAGGAGGUGAUAGCUGCUAAUGAAGAUACACAUUUCUGUCUGAAGAAUGAAACAAGCCCAGAAGAAAAAGAAAAAAUGGCGAAAAAAAUCAAACUGAAGCUUUGUAAAAGAGUUAGUCUAUUAAAAAUUCAUGUUAAUAUCCUCCUUACCCAUAAGAAACUAGAAUCUCAGGAUCCAUCCAAUCAGAAAAAAUUCGAAAAAGAAAUUAAAUUAAAAGAUGCUGAGAUAGCGCGACUGACAAACAUUAUAGAGAAGAAAGAUGAACUGAUUCAGAGACUCACAGAACAUGUGGGUCAUGUAAAUGGACAGACCAAUCGUGAUUGUCCAAGUUGCAAGAUCCUAAGAAAGAAAAAUGAAGACCUGACGAAAGAAAAUGAAGAUCUGACGAAGAAAAUUGAAGACCUGAGGAAGGAAAAAGAACAAAAACUAGUUCAAGAGCAGAGUGUGACUCCCACCAUCAGAGAACGUCCAGUGGUCCCUUCCAUGAAACCAAAAAAGAACACAGAACACCGUGAAAUUAAGAUGUCCGCAUCGUCUCCACCAAGGAGCCAUGACAUUGAUCCAAGGAAGUGGACCAGAUGUCUUCUUGAAAUCCUGGAUGAACUCAAUGAAAAUGAUAUGAAAAGAUUCAAGAUGUAUUUAAACUCUGACGGUAUCCCAAAAGGAGCACUUGAAAAAGCUGACAAGGAGACGCUGGUGGAUCUAUUACCAAAACAUUUUGGAGUAAAAGGCUCAGUCAUAAGGACUAGGGAUGCCUUGAAGAAAGUACCCUGCAACAACCUUGAGGACCUGCUGAAGCCCUUUCUCAGCAAACUUGGAGAAUCAUGGGAUGGACUGAAGUAGUGAAAGUCAUUCUAAUGAACCAUUCUCAGGACUGCACAAUGGAAAUAUCUUCAUAAAUACUGACUGUUAUUUAAUACCGUAUUUUAUGACAAAUGAUUACAUUUAAAGAAUGUUAUUGAGCAAUAAUUAAAAAUUGUUUUGUGUUGUUGUUU